AUGACUAUUGAGAAUGAUGGUCAAGCUGUGGAUACACCAUCAAUGGACGAGAAGAAUCGCCAGCAGGAAGAUCCAGAUCGCGAGGCGAUGAAGGAACUGUACUAUGCGAAUGAUACACGAAAGUUCUACAAGGAGCUGAACAGUCGCAAAGACUACUUGCCACAAAUUGGCGUGUGCAAGGAACCUGGACGGCAACCUUCUCACGAACAACAAGAAGAGUAUGAUAUGGCCGAAAAAUGUCUGCUGCGUAUGGCUCAGGCAGAGAGUUUUAUUGAUGAACUAAAGUUGUUGAAACGGAACGAAAACCGCCCAGUAAGUCAGUGGCUCGAAAUCGAUAAAUCUAGUCCUCUUAGGAAGCUCACUCCGUUAAUCGAUGAGGCUGGCUUGAUUCGUAUGGAGGGACGAUGUGCGCAGGCCGAGGAUCUUCCAUUCGAUCUUCGAUUUCCUGUCAUUUUACCGGAUGAUUCCAGGAUCACCAAUCUGAUCGUCCAGCACGUUCACGAAAAGUGUGGCCAUGGAUACAGACAAACGGUAAAGAACAAACUGAGACAACUGUUUCAUAUCGUUCAUAUGGAUGCAGUGGUAAAGAAGGUAUCAUCGGCUUGCAUGUGGUACUACAUGGGACCGUUCGAAGUGACCGUGGGACGCAGAAGAGAGAAACGGUGGAUAGCACUAUUCACCUGCCUGGUUACGCGGGCGGUGCACCUUGAGGUUGUGCAUGGACUGACAACACAAUCGUGCUUGAUGGCGAUAAAUCGUUUCAUUGGACGACGAGAUUGGCCAAUAGAGUUUCUGUCGGAUAACGGGACCAAUUUCCAAGGGGCAAGCAAAGAGCUGGCGGCACUCAUUAAGGACAUCGAGUUUGAUUGUGCGGACGAGUACACAAACGCUAAAACGAAAUGGACGUUCAAUCCUCCCGCUUCACCCCACAUGGGAGGUGUGUGGGAACGCUUAGUCCGCUCGGUAAAGGAGGCACUGAAAUCGUUACAUGAUGGCAGGCGACUUACGGAUGAAAUCCUUCAGACGGUGAUUGUGGAAGCCGAGGACAUGAUAAACUCCCGACCUCUCGCAUAUACGUCUCAGGAGUCUGAGGAAGCAGAAGCUUUGACUCCAAACCAUUUCUUGCGUGGCCCCCCCUCGAAGCGACAAGACGUAGGUAUUCCGCCGGCAAAUCCUAGUGAAGCUCUGCGGGAUGCGUACAAACGAUCACAACAGUUGGCUGGUGAGAUGUGGCAGCGUUGGAUUAGAGAAUACGUCCCCACUCUGAACCAACGCACCAAAUGGUUUGGUGAAACGAAACCGUUGAAGGCGGGUGACCUGGUCUACAUCGUCGAGGGAAACAACCGAAAGUGUUGGGUUAGAGGAAUAGUAGAGGAGCCUAUCAUAUCCAGAGAUGGUCGCAUUCGACAAGCAUGGGUGCGUACGCGAACUAAGCGCUACAAGCGUGCAGUAGCGAACUUGGCUGUGCUGGAGUUAGAAGUAGGUAACACCGAACCGAAAGUAACUUCCGGACCUGGGUUACGGGCCGGGGAAUAUGUUGGGAACACUGCCAACCUGCUACCAAGCGAUGCGUAA